AUGCCAUCCCUAAAUAACCUGAACAAACCGAAUCUGGUAUCACCACCACCGCAACAGUCUGCAACAACCUCAAUGAACGUUUGGUGUGUUCGCGAUUUUGGUAGCCCUCUAGUCAAGCAAACGAUGUCAAUUCCUGAAAUUAACAAUACCGAUCAAGUACUGAUCAAAGUGAAGGCAUCAAGUGUGAAUCCACUUGACACGGAAAUGGUCAACGGCUACGGUCGACGGUUACUGUCAGUUGUGAAACAAUUGGAAAGUUGUUCGACAAAUGCACAGUCAAUGUUACCGUUGAUUGCUGGACGUGACUGCAGUGGUGUUGUGGAGUAUAAGGGUCAGCAAGUGACGAAAUUCGAUAUCGGUGAUGAAGUGAUGGGUAUUGUGGCACCAACAUGGACGGGUGCUCAUGCCGAGUACGUGCUCUCCAAAGAGUCGUGGUGUGUCAAGAAACCGAACAAUAUCAGUCAUGUUCAAGCGGCUGCUCUACCUUAUGUGGCCUGCACCGUAUGGGCCGCUUUAGUGAGUGUGAGUGGAUUUGAGAACGUUUCAAGUCGUCAUCAGUUUUCCAUUGAUUCUGAUUUCGUAUACUGCAAUUAUUCUGAAAAAAAUCGAAAGGAAUACAUAUCGGGACGACAAUUAUAUGCAUGA